AUGUCUGUAACUUUACAUACAACAUUAGGUGAUCUUAAAGUAGAGAUAUUCUGUGAUUCCGUACCAUUGGCAUCAGAGAAUUUCUUAGCGUUAUGUGCAUCUGGUUAUUAUGAUAACACCAAUUUUCAUAGAAAUAUAAAGGGUUUCAUGGUUCAAGGUGGUGAUCCAACCAACACUGGCAGAGGUGGUCAGAGUAUAUGGAAACGACCGUUUAAAGAUGAAUUUGUUUCUCACUUGAAACACAAUACCAGAGGAAUCCUAUCAAUGGCAAACAGUGGUCCCGACACAAAUCAAUCACAAUUCUUUUUCACCUAUGAAAAACAAAGACAUCUAAACAAAGUUUAUACUGUUUUCGGAAAAGUGAUCGAUGGAUUCGAUGUUUUAGAUUUAAUGGAAAAAGUACCGUGUAACGAUACAUGCGAAUCCACUAGCACUAAUGACGAUUACUAUUUCGAUAAAUCAAAGGAAGUGUUUGCUAUAUGA